AUGUCACAAACCAAGUCACUUGUCAAUCGAGUUCUACCGAUCCUCAUGUUCCUCCUCUUCUUCAUCAUCAUUCAUUCCACCAACGUCAUUACAUGCGCUGCCAUUGAUGAUGAGGUCAUUGUCAAAGCGCCCAUAGGAACCUAUCAAGGAUUUAUUUCACAAUUUCCAGAAUACAAAGCCACAGCAAGAGCAUUCACAGGCAUUCGUUAUGCAAAAGCUCCAGUGAACUCUCUCCGAUGGAAACCCACACAACCAUUGGAUGCUUUUUCAGGAAUUUACAAUGCAACGAUCGAAACACCUGGAUGUCCACAACGAUGUGAAUUACCACCUCACACAUGUCCCAAGACACAGAGUGAAGAUUGUUUGUUUUUGGAUUUAUAUACGCCACGAUUAGGAGCCAUGAAAAAGAAUGAAUUGUUACCUGUCAAGGAAGUAAGUAAUCGAUCCUAUCAAACAUUAUAUUCAGGUGAAAUUCUUAUUGAAAUUUCAUCAUCUUCUCAAAUUGAUCAUGCAGCUCCAAACUCCAUUCUCUACGAUGGUACCUUCAUUGCCAACAAGACUUCCAUCAUCAUGAUCAUUGCUGGUUAUCGAUUAGGAGCAUUAGGUUGGCUCGCUAAUUCAAAAGCUCAAAUGUCUGGAAAUUAUGGAUUUAUGGAUCAAUUAACAGUUCUAAAAUGGGUGCAAAACAAUAUUGCUGCUUUUGGUGGAGAUCCAAAAAGAGUGACCAUUGGCGGUCAAUCUGCUGGAGCUACAUCAACGACUGCUCAUUUAAUUAGUCCAGCAAGUAAGGGACUUUUCCAUCAAGUGAUUGUAGAAAGUAAUCCAUUAGUGUUGCCCAUGAGAUUGAUGGACGAUGUGACGAUUAAUUUGGCAACUCCUUUUGCCAAACAAGCGAAUUGUGAUAACUUGUCAAUUCCUUUGGAGACAUUUUUACCUUGGGCUCCUACUGUAGCAAGUUUUGACAAGUUGAUUCCUUAUCAAACCUUUGAGGAUGGAGCAAGAGUGUUGAAUUGGUAUCGUCCUCUUCUCGAUGGUGAUAAACGCCCAGAAUUGAGUAUUAUGGGAACUGAUUAUAUAUUCCUGUGUUCAUUAAGAAAUGUUCUCUCACAAAUUACCACUCAAAAUCCUGAAUUACCAGUUUAUAAUUAUAUUUUUAAUCAUGUGUUGACUUUUGAUGCUUGGGGACCAAAUCCGGAAGAAGAUAUUCUCUCCAUUUCCAUGGUUAAUUACUUUACCAAUUUUGUGAAAUAUGGAAAUCCAAACGGUAAUUCAACUGCUGUGACAUGGCCUCGAUUUAGUGCCAACAAUCGCCAAACUAUGAUGUUCCAAACACCAUUCAAUCAAAUGGUCAAAGACUACAAGAAGGAUUAUUGUGAUGAAUGGGAUUACAUUGGUUACGAUCAUGGUUGGUUGAAUCAACUCAAAAAAAGAAUUAAGCAUCCAAAAUGGUGCGAGAAUUGUUUUAAUGAACAAUUUCUUCGUCUUUUCUUAAUUCGUUCACUUCCAACUCACCAUUAUCAACUUUUAAUGAAUCAUUUCGACAAUCAACUCCAUCAUUUUCUUCACACAAAGCAGGCAAGUGAUGCUUUUGAUGAAGUAAAUAACACUUCAUUUCUCCUUUACCUUUAA